ACAGACAGUAUCUGGAGAAUUUUACGUUUAUAUUUAUUGCUAUAGCAGAGAUAUCGUUAGAAGAUUAUUGGACAGUGUAGUAAUCGUUGUUUAAAUCACUACCGAGAGUAAUACUAGGUAGGUUGCCUUGAAAUAGUGCGAGCAGAAAGAUACUUCAAUGUUGUAUAUUUCACCAGUAUGUCCAAAAUAUGAAAUGAACUGUAAUUUUGUCACAUUCAGAUUUAUAUAUAUCGUUCUUUAUGUGGUGUUUCCUAUCCGAGGCUAUAGACAAAUAAUACUUCUCGAGUGGUAUCUUCUUCAAUUGAAUAUAUAUAUGCAAAUUCUAAAUCGUAUUUCGUCACCAUAUAUCGAUAAUUAGUUUUAUUUCCAGCGAUCAAUGCGUUAUGCUGUAUUUAACUGGUAGAUGUCCAUACCUUGCAUGGCUUGAGCAAUUCGCGUGACUCAUCUUGCCGGAACUACAUAACUGUCACAUACGCGCACACGAAAGAGUCACGAUACUCUAUUAACUUAUCGAGCUAAUGCACGAAUAGAUAAAGAGUUUUUAUAUAGACGUGCAUUUCACCAAUCCUUAUUAACGAGGUUUUACUGUAGUGAAACACUAAUGAUUUCGAUAGGGUAUUUGCUUUAUGUAGAUUUGGUCAGUUUUUCUGGGUAGAAUAGUUGAUAUAUUUAAAUGCCCUUUUUUAAGUUUGCAGAUCAAGUCAGUUAGAGACAAAUUUCACGCUUAACUGAUUCAGAUUUUAAACCGAAAUGGCCACAAGCUGUGGUUACGAAUUUCAACUCAAACAUUUUGCGUUUGCAGAUGUUUCUGCGUCGGAUUUCUAUGUUUCACAAUGGUUCAACUCUAAAAUUCUGUUCGUUCUGUAUCGUGCCUUCAUGUUUCUCUACUGCCUGAUUUGGUCGAUCAAUACAACAAUUAUUCUUGUAGAAGCAUACCCAAUCUACGUUGCGUAUUUGUCUAACUGGGCGGAAUGGACACUAGUUGUACAUUUUCUUCUUGCUCUUCUAGUGGCAAUCUAUGGUUUGUUCUCACAAUCAAGAGACUCGACGUCAACUGAAAUUGGAUGCUGCCCAGGAAACCGAUGCAACAAUGGUGAUGUUCGUUGGUUUCAUCAUUUAACUUGGGUUGUACUUACGGCAACAGCUGGUGUCAACUUCAUUGUAACCAUUAUCUACUGGGCAUUUUUAUCUGGCAUACGUGUAGCCUCUGUGCCCGCAAACGUACACCAACACAUAAUGAAUUCCGUGUUAAUGAUUUUAGAUAUUUUCAUUUCACGAAUUCCAAUUCGCUUAUUUCAUUUUAUUUAUGUGUCCCUUUAUGGACUAACGUAUGUGCUUUUUACCGCAAUUCUACACGGAGCAGAUGUGAAAUCGGCUUUCUAUACAAAUCUUUUGGACUGGGAAAGUGCACCUGGUAUCAGUGCCGGUGUAUGUGUUGGGCUGAUCGUUGUAGGAUCACCCAUUAUACAUCUAGUUAGUUUUGGAUUUUACCAUCUACGGGCUUUCAUUGCGAGAAGUUGUGGUUGUUCUUCCACAAGUUCAGAGAAUAGCGGGGAGGACAAUCCUGGAUUUGAGAUGUCACACCCCAAAGAGGACGUUUAAAUGGAAAAACUACGAGUAUGGAAAAAAGAAUACACUAAUUUUUUGUCUUGUCGCAAUGUCAGAUUUUUGACUCGUGUUCAAACCUCUCAUUUUGAAUAUUGCCAUUUUGUUCAAAAAUUAUUAAAUUAAAAGUACAUUUAAGAAUACUCUUCGCGAAAGUAUAUUUCACUGGUUGUUAAAAUUAAUUGGUAUAAUUCUAAAACUGUCUACGUGGUGAAGGCUUCCUCUGAUAAGAGCAAUGUUUUUCCAACUGUUGAUAUAUGAAUAUCUAUAUGGUCUAAACUUUGUAAUUGUUAUCAAGUAGGUGUAAAUGAGAAGUAUACGAUUGUGUGGAGUAAUAAAACACCAGCUUCCAGUG